ACAAAACCUGCCUACCUAGAAUUUGCUACAAACUGCAGCAGCAACAGAUCGCUGGUGCCAGGUCUCACUCAAUAGUACAGACAUGGCUCUGGCAGACUCUUCGCGUGGUUUAUCAAACGGUGGCAAUGCAGACUCGCCUUUUCCUGAAAUUAUAGAGCUCAAUGUUGGGGGACAGGUAUAUCUGACUCGACAUAAAACUUUGAUCGCCGUAACCGACUCUCUGCUGUGGCAGAUGUUCAAUCAGAAAACCCCCAAGGAACUGUCGAGAGACAGCAAAGGACGCUACUUUCUGGACCGUGAUGGCUUUUUAUUCCGUUAUAUUUUGGACUACCUGAGAGAUCUCAACCUGGUGCUGCCUGAUUACUUUCCAGAGAAGUGCAGGCUGAAAAGGGAGGCAGACUUUUUUCAACUGCAAGACCUGUCCAAGAGGCUCAGCCCUAACGUAAGCAAAGAGAAUUCCAUCAGCGAAGAGAUCAGUCAAAGUGACCCAGAAGAGGUCGGUUUUCUUAGUGGAGCUGGGGGCUCGACCGCAAGCUUGGAUCCAACGCGCUUUGUGUCAACUAUGACCAGUGCCCAUGCACGUUCCCCGUCACUCGAGUCCAGGAAAUCGGGCUACAUUACUAUAGGAUACAGAGGGUCCUACACCAUUGGGAGAGAUGCUCAGGCUGACGCGAAGUUCAGGAGGGUGGCCAGGAUCACAGUGUGUGGGAAGACCUCUUUGGCCAAAGAGGUGUUUGGUGAUACCUUGAACGAGAGCAGAGACCCCGACCGACCCCCGGAGAGAUACACCUCCAGAUACUACCUGAAAUUCAAUUUCCUGGAGCAGGCUUUUGAAAAGCUGUCUGAAGCUGGUUUCCGUAUGGUGGCUUGCAGCUCCACGGGCACGUGCGCUUAUGCCAGCAGUGACCCCAGCGAGGACAAGAUCUGGACCAGCUACACAGAGUAUGUUUUCUGCAGGGACUGAUCAGACAGAAUAUGAGACUCAGAAGUAACUUUAAACUUAAACUGAAGUGUAGCUUAAUGCCAAAACAAAAUUAAAAAAAAUAAAAAAGCUUGACAUAACGGCGUAUAUUUUAUAGUGAUGCUUUGAUAUGUGUGUGUGUGUGUGUGUGUGUGUGUGUGUGUGUGUGUGUGUGUGUGUGUGUGUGUGUGUGUGUGUGUGCGUAAUGGUAGUUAAGGUUUUUGAUGUUUUUUAUAUACUUUAUUUUAUAUCUGAUGCUUAUCUAACUUAGACCUGUCUGUUAAUAAUAGUAAUAUACUUAUUGAUGUACUUUUAUAAAACAAAGACCAAUUUAGGAUAAAUGUCCCUAACGAGAGUAAUAUUUACUUAAGAUUUGAAUAUGCCCUUUCAGUACAAUGUUAGGUAUAAAAGUACUCAUAUAAAUAUUAUUACAAAUGCAAAGCUCCAGUCCCUAAUUGUGUUACUCAUUGUUAUGCUUUUAUGCCAAGACACACCUACAUCUCAUUUUUUGGUUGAAGUUCAUCUUUGCCCAGUAAACAGAGGUCUGCAGAGUCCGUGGCUGCGGGGGGGGGGGGGAAUAUGAGCAGUACUGUUUUACCCAUUGCUUAGAGAUUACGAAACUUGCUGUGCAAUAAAUCUUUUUUUUUUUUUUUCUUGCAAUGAACAUGGUUUAGUAUACUGUAUUAAAAUGAGUAUAACGUCUGUUCUGUACUUAUUGCUAAAUGAAUAAAGAAUUUGAAUUCACACUAACUACACAUGUAAAAGGA